AUGCGGGAGGGCCCGGCUAGCUCCCACUCCUGCCUCCAAGCAGCCGCCAACCAUGCAUCUCUGGAGAGGUCCUCAGAGUUAUUCAUGACAGAGAGCCAGCACACACCCAUUAGCAGCACACUGGAACUGGCACAUUUAAAUGGAAGGGAGCAGCCCAUCUUCAGCGCCCGAGCUCAUGUCUUCCAGAUUGACCCGGCCACUAAACGCAACUGGCUGCCGGCCAGCAAACACGCCGUCACCGUGUCCUUCUUCUACGAUGCCAGCCGCACCGUCUACCGCAUCAUCAGCGUGGGCGGGACCAAGGCCAUCAUCAACAGCACCAUCACCCCCAACAUGACCUUCACCAAAACGUCCCAGAAGUUCGGGCAGUGGGCGGACAGCCGGGCCAACACGGUCUACGGCCUGGGCUUCUCCACUGAGCAGCAGCUGCACCAGUUUGCAGAGCAGUUUAAGGAGGUGAAGGAGGCGGCACGUCUGGCCAGAGAGAAAUCUCAAGAGAGGUUUGAACUGUCCAACCCGGCGCUCAACAUUGCAGCUCCAGAGCUUUCCCAGGAGCUGUCGGAGGAGCGCCACUCACCGCCGCUGCUCACCGUCAAUGGGCCGGGCGAGGAAAAGCUGUUUCGCAGCAAGAGUGCUGAAGUCGAGCUGACGGUGGAGAAGGAGAAAGUCAAAAAAAUGUUGUCUGAAGGGUCAAUGUGUGAGAUAAACCUGGAGGCCGAGCUCUUCACGCUGCAGGACAGUAACGCUAAGCUGGUGGCAGCUCUGCAGGAGGCCAGCAGCAGCGUGGAGCAGUGGAAGCAGCAGCUGGAUGAAUACCAGGAGGAGACCGACCGCCUCAGAGACCAGGUGGCGGAGCUUGAGGGCCAGCUGGGGCACCCUGCUGCCGGUCAGUCUGCGAGAGAGGAGCUGAGUCAGUCCCUGGAGGAGCUGGAGGCCCUGCUGAGCGCCAAAGAUCAGGAAAUUCACAAUCUACAGAGCAAGAAAACAGAUGUGGGUGAGCUGGAGAAGGAAAGAGAAGAGACCAUACAGAGACUUGAGGAUCUGGAGAGACUCAACAGCAACCUGGAGGAUCGGGUCCAGAGUACUGAGAAGACGCUGGCGUCCAGCCGGGAGGAGCAGAACCAGGCGGAGGUCGAGGUCCAGCGCAUCAUCGAGGUUCUGGACGUCAAAAUCUGCGACCUGAACGACUUGAGACAGAGCCUGGCAAAACUCAUCGACAAAUAGCCACAGCUACAGUCGGGUUGCAUCUCCACAGUCAGCUCUGGUUCCAACCGUGGCGCUUUGAUUUGUGUUUUACUGGUUUAUCAGGAGAGCAACAAUCAAAGCACUAUGGAGGAACUUUUACUGGUGUUUACCUCCAUGGAUCUGUGUUUAUAAGAUCAGUGCAGGUAAACAGCAGGUAUCAGAAUCCUCUUUUAAGGUGCUAUGUGCAGAAUAAAACAGUAUUGUGACAUUAAUACUGGAGCCUCGGUAUUAUUAUCAUAAACAGUUGACAGUGUGGUUCAACUUGCUACUACAGCUUGUUUCUCUAUAUCCUUGAUCCUAGCUGCUGCAUGUCAUUUAGCCCCUGAAGAGGAUAACAGCAUUUAUACACCAGGUUUUUACUCUUUUCACUAUCUGCCAUCAAUGAACACUCAGAAAGCUUUCCAUCAAUUAUCUCCAAAAGCAGCACUCUCCUCUGUAUGAUGCUAUAGCAGUCCAGUGUAUUCUGUCAGUAUCUGACGGUUUACAAUGAGAAAUGCUGAGUAGUGGCUCCUGAAUGGUCUGAAUUGUUUAUGGUAAUUUUACUGAUGCCCCAAAGGACUGAGGUAAUCAUUUAUUGAUAUCAAAACAUACUUAAAGCACCUUGAGGAAUUAAACCAAAAUGAAUUCUGUGCUUGCUAUUUUGCAAAAGUAGACAUUUCGUACCCGUUAUUCAGUUUUUAUGUGAUGUACUGUAUCUUUAUUUAAUACAGAGAGGGUGAUCCACGUGUAUGAGUAUAUUCCCUUACUGAAUUAAGUGGCAGAAAAACUAGGAAAGAAACAAAAAAACAAGUUCCUGACGGUGUUUAUUAAAAGCCAGCAGUGUGCCGCUUUCCUGCAGGGACACGUAUUAAAACUUGAAAUGGUUGAAAAAUAAAGGUUUAUGUGCAAUUACAUUUUAAUACCUAUAUGAAUCAUAAAUAUUUGAUCAUAAUUCUGCACCUCUGGUUUAUAGAAACAACAAUAAAACUAUCCAUAAAUGUUUUGUUCACUUCAGUUUGGCAGAAGUCUUAAACAGCCCAAAUCUGAAGUGAGCCCUGUGUAGAUAACAUUUAUAGAUAUGUAUUUUCUCACAAGGUUUUGUAGAACUCAAAAGUCACUGCAAGUAAUAGAAAUGUCUACUUUUACACAGUAACAACUUUGAGUACAGUUCAUGUUGAGGACACCGUUCAUGAAACACUGUGGAGAUGUACCCAGGAAGAGUGAGGUCAUGAUAAGCACACGUCGAGGCAAAAACAAACCUGAAUAACUCCAGCUCCAGUUGACCAUCAGCAGGCUGGACUUGCUUCACACCAGCCAGAACAAAACAAACUAAUACAUUCGAAACAUUACCCAAAUGUGUCCUGCCAUUGUACAACCUUUUUUCUCCAUGUUUCAUAAGGACUGCUCUUUUCUCACCACUAUAUUCUAUUAUUCAUGGUGGGUUACUCACUGUCAGAAUGGGAAAUUGGAGAUUGCUAUCACCCAAUUUUCUGCUAAAUUCAAGCUGCUACCGGGUUGAUCAGCAUUUGAAGGAGAGGUCCAGACAUGUGGCUGUGGACAGAGACACUACUUUCCCACCCUGCUGAGUUGAACCUGGGGCUACACUUGAUUAUGUUUGUGCCAAGUUUGUUUUGUUUACAUGUGUCAAUGUCCACAAUAUCAUCCGGUUCUACUUUAUGUACAUGUUCUUCUUUGCUCAACACUAACACUUACCAUAACAGUAAAAAUAACCCGCAGAGCAUAGAUCACAAAGAGAGCACUGCAUGAGAUCUGAAGAAGCCCCGUAGCUACCGAGGAAUCUGAAGCUGCUUGUGUGCACAAAACUUAGCAGGCUUCAACCUGACAGUGCUCGAGAUAAAAAGCACAAAUGCAGUAGUUUUUAGUAAAAAGGUACUCAAUUCAGUUGUCUGUCAGCUUUGUAUGUGAACCUCUGAUGCACAGUAUCUAUUGAUACCCCCGAUGAGUUAUUGAAUACAUCAUGUGACGUAAUAUAGGUACAAAUAAUGUGCAGUUCAAUAUGCAGUAACUGCCAUAAUCCUACUAACAUGUCAACGUGAUGGUAAUAUAAUAAACUACCAGUUAAUGCACCAGAACUCUUUAAUUACCGUAACCUGCAAUUAUUGCUUUUAGGGGUUGUAUCAUAACUGAUGGUUUAUUUAUAAUGACACUGUUUAAUAUAUAGUUUGAGUUGGAUUUCCUGUCCUACAAGAUUGCACAAACAUAUCGCAUUUACUGUCCUAAAAUCAGUACUACCAGUUAAUGUUAUUUUCAUCAAUUUGACAAACCAUCUUGGAGUUCUGACAUCAGCCGCUACAUGUAAGAAUUAUUUAAUUAGCAAUAAUGUUUUUAGCUUAGAUGACUGAUAAUAGUUUACAGGUUAUAAGACCUCUGUAAAGCCUUUUUCUCCUCAGUUUCAACAACAGAAGUGCUUCUUCACAACUGGUCCACCAGAUUGACCAGCCUUAUAUUAAGCAUGGAGAAAUUGUAGAGGCCAUCGCCUCCUCUGCACGAGCUCAUCAUGGUUGAUGUCACAAACACUUUGCUUCAAGGGCCUUAUUCCAGUGUAUCACUAAUGCACAAUAACACUGUACAUACAUGAUAUUACUGUGUACACAGAAAGGGAGCUCCAGGCUGCGACAGCAAUUUCAGUAAUAUUGUAGGUUUCAAAAAAGUUAAAGAAGAAAUCUACAGAAUAUUUCAGGCUAUUCAGGGAUCUGCUACUGAUGUGCAUUAUUCUGUUUCAAUAUGGCUGCCCUGGAUUGCAUAAAUGUUGAAACCCCUUAUUGAAAGGGAUAAUGCAUUCUGGGAAAUGCAGAAAUCUGAACCACAAAUAAAUUGUAGAGUAAACAGAAUGUUUUAAAUAUCGGAGUGGAUUCCUUUUUAUACUGUAUACACUGGAAUAAGGCCUUUAAAAAAACAAAAGCUACAGCUUCAAAAGAAAAUGCAGUACCAAAGAUGCACCUGUCAUGAUAAAGCCACUUAACUGGAAAAAACAACUUCAUCUCAGAUGUUUUAAAUCGAACUUGUUCUUAUAAUUGCUGUCUCUACAUUUGACAUUUCAGUAAGACCCAAAUGACCUCACGUUGCUUUAGUUCGUUUCAUUGAAAUGUUGGUCAACAAGAGGAAAAAAGGGUCCUUCAGAUGCCGUUUUGAUCUUUUAUAAGAAUAACUAAGCUUGUAGAGAGCAUGUGUUUGUAUGGUACAAUAUUUAGAAAAUGUGAGAUGAGUUCCUUAUAUUUGUAUAGAACUGUUUGACAUUAAAACCCGGUCAUGUAAA